AACCGAGUUGGCCCUGGAAAGGCUGACAGUUGUAAGCACUCUUCUCUCAGAGCCAGUUCCCAAAAUGAUGGAGGCACGUCGUCUGGAAAAACAACGCCGCGAGUCGGCCAAAAGCAAGGCCGCCUCGCAGCUUCCCUCCAGCCAGGAGCAGGAGUUUAACCUCCGUCUAAUCGAUCUCUAUAAGUCGAAGCCCUGCCUGUGGAACACCUCACUGACGGAGCACAGCGAUGCGGAACGUAAGAACCGGGCCUGGGAGGAGAUUGCCGCUGGUAUGGGCAGUCACCUAAGUCCAGCCUUCGUCCGCAGCCGAAUGCGGAGCCUUCGUUACAAGCUCAACUUGUAUAAGCUUCAGCUAAUCGAGUUCCAGAUGAUGCCCGGCAAGGCCACAGGGCCGCCGGUGAAGCCCUAUUUUGUGGAUCGCUUGGACUUUCUGGAUGUAGAAGCCACUAGCUCCACAGAGCCUCCUACGGUUAUGCCACCCGAUAGCACAUCGCCCGAAACGAUGGGCAACCUUUGGUCCAACUUUGAUUUGAAGAAACCUUUGGAAACUUUGACCAAGCUAACUAGAGAUGCACCGACCGUUCCCCAAACUGGUUCCAGCAUUGCCGCUACGGUCAAGCAACGCCUGGAGAAUCAGUUGCCACCAAUGGAGUUCCUUAAACCACGUGGAACCAUCACACGGCAGCAGAAGGAGCGCAAUUUGCGAAGUUCCGGAUUGCGGGGUGAGAGCAGCUCUGGCAGCAGCAUGGUCGUGUCCGAUACUCCGCCCAAGAUGCAGGCCCGUCCGGGUGAUUCCAUCUCCGUGACAAAACUGGAAGUGAAGCGCCAAAUGCAGAAGCAAAAUAAAGGCACUGAGAGGCCAUCGACAUCUAGGCGUGCCCGGGAGUCUGUAGAGUCCGAGGACGAGGAGCUGUACAGUCUUCACUGGAAUAUGCGACGAGAGCGUCGUUCCCUUCGCCAGGGUGGCGUUCCACAUGGACAGGAUCAGACUCCAGUUCUGCCGGCUCAUCUGCGCAGCAAUCGAUACGAAGAGCCCAAUCCUGAUUUAUUCUAAAAAGGAAUCCAGCCCAUGCCUUGCCAGCGAUGCCAUUAAAUUUACUUUAUUGUGUUUACGCAGUUCGAACUUAACCAUUGGAGCCUUUAUUGGGCUUCAUUUUUGCCUCAAUAAAUCAAAGAGUAAGCGGAGUGGAUUACCGAUUUCAAGAACA